CUGAAGAUCUCAAAGUCGCGCACAGACAGACGGACGGACGGACGACGGAUCCUCUGGCUCCGGGAUAGGAAUAGGUUGCGCUCUCGAUCAGUACACUUUAUCGGCAGUUCGCGGUGGAUGCAGUGUGGUAGUGCCAGUGUCCUAUUGAAAGUGACGCCUCGAAAAACUACGCCGAGUUCUACCGAGCGUGGCUGUGGCUCAUUCGUCAUCGAUCGACCCAUCCCGCGGGACCCGGAAUCGACGCGAAAAAUGUGUUCCAGUUCCAGGCGUUCUUGGCGGAGCGUCGCAGUACGGGCGCUGAUCCUCGGGCAGCUUCUUCUCCAUGUGACCGUCGGCCAGCAGUACACCGGAGUCAAAUUGGUGUCCCCCGGUGAGGAACAGCGACAAGUGCCUGCCCAUUCGGCGCGCUCAGUCGAUGACGUCGGGCUGUCGCCGGCGAGGGACAGCAACAUCAUCAACCUGUCGAUUAAACCUCUCAGCCGCGGGCAGGGCUUUACCGCGGCGAAAGGCCGCAACCUGGGGUUCGUGAGCGACGCGUCGCUCAACACAAUCCCGGCCGGCAUCAACAACGAGCUGUCGAAUGUGGAUGUCCGUCCCUCGACCACGACGACGACGACGCACCAGGCGAGCGCGGGCCUUCGGGAUAGCUACGGCAACCCGGUGACACCGUUCACGGAUCUGGCCAGCGCGAACGCAGACCACGCGGUCGGCUUCCAGACGAACGUCAACCGCGAGUCCGGGUUCCCGGCUUCGCGCAACGGCGGCGGACAGCAGCAGCAGCUGGCAUUCAAGGUGCCCAGCUAUGCGUCCGGCAUCAUCGAACCGAUCGCGCAACUCAACUUUAGUCUGCUUCCGCCGAAUGCGGCAGGCAGCACGGGGACCCCGCACAGGCAGCAGACCCAGCCGCCGGCACCGCAGCAACAGCAGCAACAGUUUGUGCCGGAUGCGAAAAUCCCCGUCCUCCAGGACGGCCAGAUUCUGUUCGCCCAAAAGCCCGUCAACGGCCUGCUGCCACCACUGUUCCCGGAACAGUUACCUGCCGUCUAUCCGUUGGUGGGGAAUGUCGGUACCGAGCGGUCACCGAUUUUCGCACGCGAUCCCUUCACUGGCCCGGCGACGGCGGCGCCGAUCCCUAACAACGGUGUGGGCUUCAAAACCGACGUCAACAAGCAGACACACUUCUCAGGAUCAUUUCCGCAGGUCCCGGUGUCGCAGCACCAGCAGGCACCAUUCCAGCCGCUGCCACAGGCAGGUCAACCUCUUGCUGGGUCAACCCCUACGAAGGCUCCUCCCGUACAAAAGUAUACCGGAGGGUUCGGAGGACCGGCCGGAUUUCUGGGCAGCCAGCAAAACAUCGGCACGGCGUACACGUCGACCCCGAAAUCGGUCGUCGCCCCGCCGGCGGUGCAGCCUCUUCCGGCGCUGCCGCCACCACAAGUCACGUUCCAGCCGACGGCCCGGCCCGUCGAGCAAACGACGGUCACUAAGUACACGGGUGGUUUCGGAGGCCCCGCGGGAUUUCUGGGCAAUCAGCAGACCAUUGGGACGGUUUACACGAAGCAGCCGGUGGCUGGGGUUGGUACGCCGUCAACUGCACCAAGGCCAGCGCCAGCUCCGGUCCCCUCUGGCCCGGUAUCGAAUGUCUUCCCAACCCAACAGCAGCUGCUUCCGAGCACCGCUCGUCCGGUAACGCAGCCACCACCGAACAAGUUCACAGGAUCAUUCGGAUUCGGAUUGAACAACCAGGGCGGAGGGGCCGGUGCUAGGCCGACUACGGUGUCAUCCUUCUCGCCACAGCAGCAGCAACCAGUCGUUCGUCCACAGUCGCUCAGCGGUGGCAACAAGUUCACCGGAAGCUUCGGUGGAGCACCGGGACUGCUCGGUAACCAGCCGCUGGGCACGCACGUCAAACCGGACGGCACCAUAUUGCCGCCGUCUGCGCCGGGAGGUGUCGGCUUCAGUGCGGUGGCGGCUCCUGCCCAGCACCAGCUCUCCGUUUCGGAUUCCGCCGGCAACCGGUUCAGCGGCAGCUUCGGGGGACCGCCGGGCGUACUGCGUCCGUUCGACAAUACCAAGGGUUGAGGGAAUGCGCAAAGCGGCGCUUCGCGGUGGGCUCCCUUCCCUUCUGGGCGUGGACCACAUCUUAGUAUUAUUAACGCUAAGCUAACUAGACUUUUACGACACUUAGGAUGGUGUAUAAAGUUCGCACCAGUGAGCCAGUGAGGACUAAAAAUUUGGAGUGGUGUGUCCGGCUCGAUAUUCACAAAACCACAGCUCUCUUCUUUCUGGAUAAGCUUGAAGGCGAUGAAAUAAACGAAAGUAUUAAAGCUUACUCUCAAGUUUUGUUUGUUUGGGCCACGAACCUUCCUCAUCGGCCGCUCAUAGUUAUGCCAACGUUCAAAUGCAUUCUCUCUCUCUCAAUAUUGCCUGAUUCCUCAGCAAAAAGAAGCCAGUAAGCUAAUCCCCCGCGCCAAGGUACUCCAAUCUGCGGAACCUUCAGAGUCUCAGAAGAUAAAUACGUUAUCAAAUGUGCCAGAUGCAUCAUAUCACCAAUCUAAGCAUUGCCAAUGCUGACCAACGAACUAAUAAAGUUCUAGAGAGUUGCAAAGAAUGGAAAACGCAGACAUAGCUGUUUUUAGAAGUAAAUUGAACACUACGCAGAUUUAAACAACGUCAAAUUCUAUCGUGUGCGAUGUUAAAAUAAUUCCAGACCAGAAUCAAUGAAUGCCAGCCACAAAAAUUAUCGAUGAGAUGGUAUCGAGAUAAAAGAGAUAUCAUUUCAUCAGUUUGCGUCUGAUAAAAAACAGUUACAAUAAGAUACACAUGGGCUGUUCUAAUUUAUAGAAACAAACAAGAAAAUAAAGUAAGUGAAAACAGAAGUUGAAUUGGACAGAAAAUCAAACCUAGCGAAAUCUUUUUAAAACAAUGUUUUAAACAUUAGACAAACCACAUUACGCAUGACCAUCGUACAGCAGAUUGAAAUCUUGAAUAGGUUCGCGUUCUUGAAUUUACGAAACACGAAAAUCCCAUUUUUCCUACCGUCAUUAACUACCGCACCUGUUGACGGAACUACCGAUUGGGUUUUCCAACUAGAAAACGGAGACCGGCCAACCCCUGUAAACCCUC